CUCUUAUCGUAAAUUCAUUCACGUUUGAAAAAUAUAUUAGUGGAAAAUACUUAGGCGAGCUUGUACGAAUCGUCCUCGUUAAGUUAACCAAAGAAGGAAUGUUAUUUACUGGAGAUCACACGCCAGGAUCUAUGCUGAUACCGGGCAAUCUCACGACUGAUUUAGUGUCAGAUAUUGAACAAGACUCUUUGGAGGGUAAUGACAGUAAUACCAUACAAAUCUUGAAGAAAUUCGGCAUCGAUCCAGAGGAAGAGGAUAUACGGAUCGUUCAAUACGUCUGUGAGAUAGUCUCGAAUCGCGCGGCUCUCCUUCUAGCGAUAUGUCUUGCGACUUUAUUGAA